AUGGGUGUCAAGCCAGACUACUAUCUCCAGAAGGUGUUGAGCAGCAUGCAGCUGUUCAUCGCCUCACACGAAGGCAUCUUACGCGGUGCCGCGUGGGCCGGGGUGAACGCUUUGACGAAUGCCUGCAUCCUGGAAGAGAUGCGCAUCGUCACCAAGGAUUGGGGCGCCGUGCUGCCCAUAUUGCAGAUGGUCAUCACCUCCCCAUCUCUGACAGAUGCGCAAGCGAAGGCUAAAGAGAUCGCUGCCAACCUAACCGACGCUUGCGAUCAAUUGCUGGCAUCCAUGACAGUGGCGAUCUAUUCCGUGGCGCAUGGCAAGACGACCUGUGGUGACAUGAAGGCCAGGGUUUCGGCUGAGGAGUGGCUGAUGGCUGUUGAGAGUGCUGAAGCGCAGAACUACUUGCUUGCCCGCGCCACCCAGCUGUUCAUGCAGAUCGCCUUAGGAUUUGAAGUGUCACAGAGUCAGGUGGACCUCACGGUAUUGACCGAGAGCGUUGGUCAAGACUUGCGGAAGCUGAUCGAAGGCAGUAUUGAGCAUCAAUUGGUGGUGCCGCCCGAUCAGGAGAUCGUGGAUCUGUUCUUCGAAGCCAAGGCCGCCUGGUUCGACCUGGAGUCCGAGCUGAAGAAGUCGGUGCGUUCGGCGGACAUCCCCAGCACCACCAUCAAGGAGGUGGCACGGUUGAGCCGGCUGGCACUGGACAGUGUGGGCUCGGCAGUGUCGCUCUACGUGAAGGUGGCCCUGUCCUCGGGCACUGAUGCACCGGUCUACCAGUUGGACAUCGCCAGUGCCCAGCGCACGGCCAUUGCCAAGUUGGCCAAGGAGACCUCCUUCCUCAGCUACGGCUACGACCCACAGAACAGUUGGAUCCGCUUCAAUUAUACGAGGCAGAGCUUUGUGAGCAAUCACUGGAAACUGAUGAAGGGCUAUCCAGCCUCUGGAGAUUAUCCUGCAGUGCCCUACACCAGCAACAUUUGUAUAGUCCAGCAGAUGGCGGCCGUUUUAACGCAGUACGAGCUGAUGGAGAUCGCCGCGUUAAAGGUGGCCCUGGGCGACGCCGCGUGGCUCCAGGAGGUGGUCAUGCGGAUGCCCGAGGUGGUCAAGGACAUGGAGCUGGCCAUGAAUCAGUUCAGCGGACUCAAUACCACCUGUGGCCCUGUGACCUUCUCCAAAGAACAAUGGCAGGGACUGAUUACGGAGGUGGGUCUGUUGAGGAGUUGGAGCCAAGAGGCUGCUGUGCGUUUCAUCCUUCAGAACGAGUUCAAUCAGUGGCCUGAGCCCUGGGAGCCCUGGGAGCCCUGGGAGCCCUGGGAGCCGGGGCGUGACCCUGCCCUCCAAUUCUUUCUGGAGGAAUCGGAGAUGCGUCUGAAGUUUGGAUCCAGGGACCCCUUGGUGCCUCCGCCCAUCUCUCAAGCGAUGUUUGAUGAGGCCCAACGGAUUGCCGAGCAUCUGGAGCCGAAGCUGCACACUCUCAUCGCGGCUCUGGCGGGCAGCGAUUCACAACAGGUGCACAUCGCUUCGGUGUCACUCAGCGAGGAGACGAAGAAGGUGAAGAAAGAGUUUCUGCAGGAUGCCCUAGCCCCUUGGUGGUGCGAAGGGGAUGGCGCGAAUCCCAACAAGCCGGUCCUGCGGAUUGAUAUGGCCAGCCAGCAAAUCAUGUUGGCCUGGCAGAUCUUCAAAGAAAGUCUCAUGCUGCAGCUGGGAUCGAUGGGCGCCAAGGUCGUAAAUAACUUGAAAGACGGCGGCAAUGGCAUCCCUGCGGUGAUUCGCAACCGCUUCGACAUUUUUAAACAAUGGGACCAGGUGGAGCUGUAG